UAAAAAGCGAAACGGUUGCUGGCUGUGGUAGCUUGCGAAAUAUUUUUGAAAACCUCUGAUUUAUUAAAAAAAAAGUUAAUAAAAAAGAUGGAAAAUCGUGUCACAAUUGAAAACGUACAGCCAACAACAAAUCCAAUGUUUCUGAGAUAUCCGCCACAAAGUGUGCCACCAGCAGACACCCGGUUUCAAAGUUUUCGAAGAAAUGCACCACAAAUGUACUCGACGGGAUCAGCGGCUCUUAUUUUGGUUUCGGGUGGCAUGAAUAUCGCCUGGAGUUGUGGCCUGCUUCAUAUACAGGACUUUCAAACAGAUACACAUAUAAUGAUUUGCUGGCACAUUGCGGCUAUUAUCGGUGCAUUAGUAUCUUCCUUCGCCCUUAAACGCAUACAAAAGAGGCUUAUUUACUUAUUUUCUUCUGUAUUGACGCUGAUCGGUGGCAUUCUCUUUUUGACAGUGUACGAUUUAUACGGCGGUAUUGCCGCAGCUCGUUACUUAAAUGGCUUUGCAGUCGGCCUGGUCUUCGUGCCCAUGAUGGUAUUGAUCGGUGAAUCGGUGAUUUCCGAAAAGCGUGGUGAAUUUGCCGCACUGGUUGAGAUGGGCAGUUUUGCUUUAGGUAUCUUUCUACAAACACUCUUCACAGCUGCAUACUAUGAUUUCACGCCAACUAUUUACAACGAAUUUGGAUCCACACAGGUGCAUGGCAUCACUGUAAUUGUUUGCGGUGCUCUUUCAUUGCUGUUAUCAUACUUCUUCUUCAUUGAAUCACCCGUCUAUCAUUUAUUGCGUAAUAACGAGAAUGAAGCCAUCAAUUGUUUGCGUCGUCUGCAGCACCCAUCUGUUUACACACACGAAACACACCAGCAAUUCGACGAGCUCAAGCGCUAUAUUGAUGUUAACGAACGCAUUGAUAGUUUGGCCGUGCCAGCCUUGUUGAAGCUGUGCUUGCAUCGCGCCUUGGUGUCACUAGCCUUCUCGCCACUCACAAUUAUAGCAUUGGUUCUGGCCUCUUCAGUAAACGUUGGUCCAAGGGAUACUUGGCCUUUGGUCAUAUUCGGUUUGCUCUUUUGGCUCGGCACUUUGGUUCCAGCUUGUAUCAUGGACACGGUAGGUCGCAAAAAAGUUUUGCUGAUCGGUGCGCUGGUUUUCGGUGUCAUGGCAUUUGUCAUUGGUGGCAUUUUCUUUGAUCUUAUAAACCUUUACUCUUCGUCACAAAUGGGUAUAGUCAUGUAUAUGCUCUUCAUAUCGGCAUUCUUUGCGGGCUUUUUCAGUGCUCCAUCUUCGGCUUAUUUGACGGAAGCAUUUCCAUUGCACUUGAAACCCUUCUAUAUUGCUGCAGCUUUCGCUGUCCAAAUGCUGGUGUUGCUCAUAAUCGGCGUGUGUACCUUUGAUCGUGACAGUCUUGAGGCUUAUUACAUUACUUCCGGUGUCUUUUAUGUGGCCUUCUUCGCUGCAGGCAUCGUCUUUUUGCCCGAGACAAAGCAAAUUAGUUUACGCAAUGCUCAAAGUAAAUUCACCACUUUAAUGAACGGUUGGUAGUAAAUUGAAAUAGU